AUUCGUUGGCCUGGUUUUUAACACACUGGCCACGCCUCCAAACUGGUAGUAUGUGAAAUGACCAAAAAGCCCAUAAAUUGUAAUGUUGCAUCUUCUCUUCCCCGUGGCCCAGCCUGCCUCGGACUUCGACAAACAACUUCAUUUCUCAAAACAGAACCCAGCUCUCACCCUCCGUUCGACGGCGACUCCUUCAGCUUGCCGCAACCCAUCACUCGACGUCGGCUUCCUCAUUCGACGGCUUUCGUUCUUUAAACCAAAAAAACCCAUCACUCCAAGGCUAGGUCACUCGACGGCGAUUUCCUCACACCGCACCAACUCAUCACUCGACGGAAGAAGGACUGCGCGAUACUCAUCAGCUUCUGUAUUCGACGAUUAGAUCUAUACAGAAACGUCUGAGCAGUUCGGAAUUCGGGAACUAAAGGAAGGAAGUAAAUAAGAUGCCUCGUUACAAAGACGAGCCUCCGGCUGUUCGCGUCUACACCGUAUGCGAUGAAUCCAGGUACCUGAUUGUGAGGAACAUUCCGGCCUUAGGAUGUGGUGACGAGUUGCUCAAAUUGUUCGCUUCAUAUGGUGAAGUUGAAGAGUGUAAACCAAUGGAUGAAGAAGAAUGUGAGCAAUUCACUGAUGUUUACUGGAUCAAAUUCCGUCUGGUCAGCAACGCCAGGUUUGCGAAAAGAAAAUUGGACGAGUUUGUUUUCCUAGGAAAUCGGCUGCAGGUUUCGUAUGCUCCACAGUAUGAGAGUCUUUCCGACACGAAGGAUAAGCUAGAAGGCAGGACAAGGGAAGUUCUGACUCGAUUAAAUCCCGGGAGAUCAAAAGGGCCCAAGGUUUUGGACCCCAGUGGUGCUUCCACUGAGAAUUCGUUGAUUGUGUUUCUGGACUCUGUAAAUUCUGUUAAUAAUUCUUCUCCACUCACACUGGUUUCCUCUGACCAGGAUUAUUUUGCAUCUCAAUCGAUGAAUCACACAGUUCAGUUGGUAAGAGAGAAGCUCAAUAAGAUUCAAUCAAGUAGUGAGCAUCUACAACCUGCACCAAAGAAAACACGAGUAGACAACAGAAGAAGAAUCUAAUGGAUUGUGAAUGGUGGUCAGAACUGAUUAGCAUCCAGAAAAUGUUUUUCUAUUUUUUGUAUCACCUCAGCCUUUUGCCUCUCACAUGUGCACGUGUUGACUGCACCUGCGAGCAACCAUCCAUCACAUCUUGAUAAUGUAGAUGGUACAUAAAGAUAGUUUCACAUAAUUGUAGUAUUUUGCUUUUGGUAAGUCAAAGGAGAUCAUGUAUUGUCUACGAGUUAAUCUAUAUGGAAACUGAAGAGGAGUCACCAAUUCUUCAGAUGUCUCACUUGCUCGAGUCCUGCCUUAUGCAAGCUAGAAACUCGGGUGCCAUAAUCUUUGGGAUGUAUGCUGUAAUGGAUCGAUGAAGUUGAAUGGUAUUUCUCUGGAGCAUUUGUUUUCCAUUAAUGACGUCAUGGUAUCUGUUCUUCAGCUUUCCCAAUUGGUUUUCAUGAUAAAGUCAUGGUCUCAGGACUUUAUGUUAUUAAUGUUAAAAGAUGUAUGCAGAAGUGUAGACAUAAGCAUAGCUGGAAUGCAAUUGGGACUGUUAUCAUGAAAA